AUUUCAAGAUCAAAACGAGGCGGGCUUGAACAUAACAUGUAGAGCAAAAUGACAUUUUUUGACAUGUUGCUGCAUAAUGAAUUUUUGAAAACGUGUUAAUAAGUUUUGAAGACACUAAAAUUUCUGUUAUUGGAAAUCGGUAUCAGGAUUUGAUUGGGCGAUGAACUUAGUCUAGAUAAAGGAUAAAAAUUCUAAGACCUAUAAGAAAAUUGCUUUUUCCAAGAUUAUCAGGUUUUACCGAAAAUAGCGGUAUUGAUUUUCACAGAGUAUUAUGGCUGCAUCUCCAUAGAGGAUGCACAUUCCAUUGAGAGCUUGUCUCGCAAUUAGAACACACAAUUCGUUAAAACGUGAUGCUGGAUUACGCAAACGUGAGGAUAAAUAUUUUUUAAUGGGUUUUAAAUAAAGUGGUUUUGAUGCUUUAGAUGGGUCAGAUAAACUCAGUCCAGGAUGCGGAGAAUGGUCCACAAAAUGGACAGAUGUCUCAGACUGAAAGAGAAGAAAACGAGAUUGAAAGAGAACUGCAAAGAGAGGCUAAUUCAGAACAAGUUCGCUGCGUAAAGACCAGGAUUGAUAUGUUAAUUGAAGAUUGCUUGAACACGAAAGAUGCAUCUUCUGAAGUUGAAUCUGAACGAUGCAGAAACAAAGAUGUUUUGAAUAUUAAUCAUAUGCUAAGUAAGCCUGGAAAUGUGAAGAGAAAAGAAAAUAAUAGCAAAAGUGAAAAAGUCAGUGAAACUGAAACAACUGAAAAAGUAGAAGGAAAAAAUGAAAAUCCUGACACACAAAAGAGUGAUAAGAAUGAAAAUGCUGAUGGCAGUAUGAAACAGGGUGAGAAACAGGAGCAAGUUGAAGAUAAAAAUGUUGCUAAAAAGGAAGAAAUUAAACUGUCUGAUAUUAUAACAGAUAUGGUAAAUACAGAACUUUCCGAAAAACAACUGAAAAAUAUUCAACAAAGAACAAUCACUACAUUUAACACAUUCAUUGACAAAGUACUAGAUAGCUCUCUCAAUCAAGAAAAUAACGAAGAAAAACCUAAACCUACAAACAUUCUGAAACUGUGUAGUGAAUCUAUGAUUCCAGAGAAAGGAAGAAAAAGUGAAGAUAGUUCCAACGAUAGUGACAGAAAUGAAAAGCCAGAAUGUGAUCGAGAUGUAGUUAAGCCUGGACAAGAAAAGAAAAUAACUUUAAAAGAUCAUAUUGAGAGAUUUUUAGAAAUGAGUUUUAGAGAUGACAACACAAAAGAAGAGAAUAAAAGUAAAAAGAAUUCAAAUGUACAAGAGAAUUUCAAUGCACAGGGUCUUGUGAACAGUAUGAUUACACAGGGACUACAAAUAAACCGUCUGCUUACUACAAAAGAACAACAACACCUUUUAAAUCAGAAGACUCAGAAAGAAUUAGAAAUGCAAAAAAAGCAGAUGAAAUAUCCCGAACAGAACUUAAGACCAAAAAGUCAUGAAACAUAUGGACAAAAAAGCCCAAAUUCAAAUAAUGCGCAUGACAAAACUGAAGUAAGGUUUAACCAUGCAGUUACAGGUCAUCAGAUGGUAGACGCACAGUUUAGGGACCAUUAUUUUAGUCAAGCAAAAUAUGAAUCUGUUAACAGAAAUUCGCAGAUACCCACUGGAUACAUCAGAAGGGACGAAAUGUUUGAAAAAAAUCGAGAAUUGCAGGCUAAAAUGAAAGUUAACGCAAGUUCUAAACACGAAAUGGGCGUACCAAAUAACAUGAGAACAUCAGAGCAUUCCUCAGCAUUUCAUCCACCACAUCAUUUACAGGUCUCAAAUAGUGCUUACUACAACCCUGCUUAUAUGCCAAGGAUGCAAAUGAGCCCAGGCCAGUUAAGAGACAUGAAAAACCCAAUGAGAGGGGAAACUAAGCAAGUAGUUCAUGUUCGAGAUUGUGUUUGUGCAAUGUGCGUAUCGCAGUCACAUUCAAGACAUGGAAAGAUUGAUCCUGCUGGUUUAGACCAUCACCAAGGUAAGCGAUCGCCAAAUGUUCCGCACCAGCUCCUGGCUAGCAGUAUGGCAGCACAAGUUGUUCCUGGACAUGUGCGGGAAGUUCCAGCAAUGAUGAGGCCUUCACAUUCAGAGCUUCCUCCAGGAAUGGUUGCGUACCAGGGUAUGCAUAAGUUGUUACCCCACCAUCCCCCUAUUACCUCCUCAAAGGUGUACAGCGGUGGUCAGAUGAUGGUACCCAGUGAAGUGACUGCUCAAGGCAUGGUUCCCAAUAGGCAACCAAACAUGCCUGAAAAUCCACACUUUUUAGCGCACUAUCCACAUCGUAGAGGAGACGAAUUCUCACAAAAUUCUGCUAAUAAUGAACGAUUGGCUAUUCGAUCAGGGAAGCAAAGUCCAUAUCAUGCAAGACCUUCAUCGCAUCCACCUCAUGAACACAACAGUCCUCAUUAUGCCAGACCUGGCUCAGGGCAUCCUGUUUAUGAAUCGGAUUACUCAAGAAAUACAGAUUCUUCAUCCUGUGCUUCAGAUUGUUCAAAUGAAGCUCCACUUGAUUUGACUGUGAAAAAAUCCAAACUGGAACCAGUCCGUAGCAGAUCUUCAAGUAAUGCUUCCGCGGAUAGAAGAAUAAAUCCAUCAAAUUCAUUUAUUAAGCAUUUAGAAAGUAGUGUGGAUAAAUACUGGCAGGAAUUGAAUUCUCCCCCUUCUUCACCAGUGAAUACAAAACAACCAGCGUUUAUGAACAGAGCUCAGAAUACUCCUAACGAUGGAAGGAAUGUGCCUCAUGGGUAUCCACAACAGAGUCCAAAUAGCUCUUCUCCUUCAGGACUGCUGAGCAUGAUACAAAAUCGACCACUUCCAUCUCCUCACUAUUCUGGUGGAAUUACUGUUGGACAGCCAUUGGUUGAUAUGAAACCUCCUCCAGCUGCACAAAAACAAAAUGAGUACAGUCCACAGACUGGGACUCAGAUGGUAAAUAAACAAGCUCAACAACAACCUCCAUUUCAAGGGAACCAGUCCAACUUCGAUUUGAAUUCCAAGAGGUCAGCAAAUAAUGUUUCUAAACAUGAACCCAUACAAAAUAUUAUCGGAAAUCAUGACCCAAAUGAUAUUCUUUAUUUGAUAUGUAGAUUGUGUACUCAAACCUACGGCAGUCCGUAUGGUUUCAGGAAACAUUUUAGAAAUCAACAUGGAUUUGAACCAAGAGCGGAACAUACCAUAGUUCAAACAAUUUCAGCUACGAAGUCAGCGUUACAUCUUCCACAACCACAGCUGAUGCAAGGUAUAGCAGAUAUUCGCGAUUCUCAUUUCAUGCGUAAGAGCAUUUCUCCGGAAAGUGAAUUGAUCAAUCAGAAACAUGUACCUAAUACAUAUCUAGGCCGUAAAAGCAGUUCCGAGUCCCCAGUAGACUCGAAGAGUUGCACAGGUAGUGAAGGAGACAAAAGUGAACUUGACAAUACAGAAACAAAGUGUUUGGAGUGUCCCGAAUGCGGUAAAACAUUCCAGUUAAAUGAUUUUGGUUCAUAUAAACGUCACUGUCGACAGCACGGGAAUAUUAGAAUGAAUGGACCAUUUACGUGCACAGACUGUCAUUUGCCAUUUCCUGAUCAGAAAUCAUUACGCGAACAUUAUAAAGUUCAUGUGAAAGACAGUGCUGUAGUAGUCAGCCAAGAACAGAAAACUGAAGGAACUGCUCAGAAACUUGAAUCUCAUCAAACAUUUUACGUGUGCGUAAAAUGUGAUCAGCAAUAUGACAAUGUAGAUAUCUACAAGAACCAUUUAACUAGUCAUGAAACUGAAUCAAAAACAGAUGCAGACUUACAGUCUGUAACAAACAAACAAACGACGGUUUCUGUGAAAUCGGAAAAUGAAAUGGUGACUGAUAUUGUUAGCAGUAAGACUGUAGUUAAACAGGCAGCUGAAUCAAAUACAUCACUCGCCUGCCCCGACAGCAGUUGGGACAAUGUUGCUAAAGUCGUUGCAACUUCAGAUAAACCAGAAGUCAAUCUUGAAAUAAGUGAAUCGACCAAUUCCAAUAUGAGUAAUUCUAGUGAAAAAUCAAAUAGUAACAAGGAAGAAAAUAAAGAUAAUUCACAGGUGAUUCUAACUCCACAAAAAAGUGUUGAAUCUGGUUCAGAGAACGAGAAAAAAGGUGAAGAAAAUGAGUUUAUUUACAAGCAUAAGAAGUUUUUUCAUCACCGAAAGAGAGCAAGUUCUUCACAGUCACUUUCAAAUGAUGCGACUGAUGUGAAGCAGGCCAAGAUAAGUCCUGAUGUGCCUGCGUCAGUAACAUUGGCAGUAGAUAACGUUACAGCAUCAAGCUCAACUUCAGCCAUCGUAACUCCAUCGUGUGACUCAACAGGAUCCUCGGACACUAAAGUUGAGGAAACUGUUGAUACAAACAAAGGUUUCAGUACAAAAACUGCAGAAAAAGCUCCAGAGAAACCAGCUAAGACUGAGGCCAGGCACAGUCUUCCAUUUGUUUGGGAUCGUACAACGAGGAGCCAAAAGAAGUUGUAAAAAUAUUUCUUAUACUGUAAAACACUUCUUAUUUGGGAGAAUAUUACAUUCAGGUAUAUAGUGAUAAUUUCAUCUGUAAAGUUCAUUCAGGUACAUAUAUCUGCAUGUAAAAGUAGAUGUAAAAACAGAAAUAUAUUUUGUCAAAUUUAGAAAUGAAAGAUUAUCUUGUUACAAUGUGAAAGACAUCAGAAAUUCAAAUUUAGUGAUAAAGAAACUGCCAAAAAUCAGCUUGAACAGAUUUUUAGUUUUUUUCAGUAUUUUUCUUUAGAAUUUAAGCCAAUACUCCUGUAGAUGUAUCGUUGUAACCUGUAUAUCUUACUUGUUAAGGGUAAAGGCCAUCUUUCUUUACUGAAUAUUUGAUGCAGUACUUUUUGUCUCUCUUCAGCAUAGUGUUAGUUUAAUAUGAAAGCAACAAGCUGUAGUAGGGAUUCUAAGCUUCACUAUUUGAAGAAUUAUUAAGUGAGAGCUGUUCUACUCACUGAGACAUUGGUGUCACACCUUGGUUAAAGUUUAGUGUGCAAGGUCAUAUGUAAGUUAUCAUUGUGUGUAUUGGAUUAAAAUUCCACACAAGGCUUUCCUAGACAUUAAACCACCUAAAAUAACCAUGUUAGAUAACUCUUAUUUGAAUUUUGAUACAAAGAGUAGCUCCUCCUUGACUUAGAAAAUUUGGUUAAAGUUUAGCAUGCAUCUAACUGUCAAGCUGUAUCUAGGUAACAACUGUGAUUACUGUGACAUCAUUAAUAUUCGUGGGGGACUAAUUUUCGUGGAUUUCGUGGUUGAGUCAAUCCACGAAAUUUAAUCCCAAUGAACAAGUAAAAUUCCCAUUCAUUUUAUGUUCAAAAGUUGAAAUCCACGAAUGCAUAUCCCCACGAAAUUAUCGUUUUGAGCAAAACCACGAAAUUUUAUGCCCAUGAAGUUAAAUGAUUUUACAGUAUGUAUAGGACCAUGCUGACCAUUCAUCAGACAUACUGAAAUAUCCAAUUUAGAUAACUCUUGAUGGAAAUUAUGGAAAUUAAGGUUCUGUCUUGACUUACUAUUUAAAGUAUUGCUUGCAACUUUCAUACUGUACUGCAGUAACAACUGCAUAUGUUUGAUUUAAACUUCACUCAAGACAUCCUUCUCAUCCAGUGUACAUUCAUAACCAAGUUAGAGAACUUGUUGUCAAAAUUAAUGCAAAUAAUGGCCCUCAUUUGACUUUGAAAAUUUGGUUAAAGUUUUGCAUGCAAGUUUUACUAAGAUGGCCCCUUUUCAACUUAAAAAUUGUCGAAUAGCCAGCAAAGCGCUGUCUUGUGGACAGCUCUUGUUUCUUGCUAGAUGUAAAAAAGUUAAGAAUAUGGGAAAAAGUGUGAAUUAAGUUUGUUGUUAAUUUCUUUUAUAUAUUCAUAUUAGUUAUUUUUUAUCAGUGAAGGGCUGAAUAAUUAGUGAUAUAUGUUAUUUCUGUUUAAUUUGUUUAUUUUUGGUGAAAGAUUGUUUUCAGUUUUCUUAACCCUUACCACGCUAAAUUUCUAUAAUGAACUGGUCCAUCUUUCAAUCUGGACAGUACCAUUACCUGUUAAAAAGCAUGAUAAGGGUUAGGUUAUUUUAGAAAAUGAAUGUUGUAUUUAAGAUAAACAUGUCAAUCAGAUCGGCAUUUAGUAUUAAUGUCUUACGUCACUUUAUCCUAGUUUAACAACAUUAUAAAGUUACCCUUACAUAUAUAAUGAAAUGGGUAAAGAAAAAUAUAUAUGACAAAUAGUAACUUGAAACGUGUCAUUAAGUCUGUACAAGUAGGGUAUAUUGAAUCGAAUUACUGAUGCAUUGCCGUUUUUACAAAUAUUUUUUUAUUGAAGGCUUAAUCUUUUUGCGUAACACAGAACCAUAAACUAUCAAGUGCAGCCAUGCAAAAUUUAGUACACUAGUGUACUAACACAUUAGUUUAUGAUAAAUACGUGAAGAGAAGCAACAAGAAAAUGUAUUGUCCUACAUCUUUACCUCGCAAGGACGUUCACAUUUGGUUUUAUUUGAAGGUAUAUAACCUCAUGUAGUCGAUCAUAAUUCCACUUGUCACCUGGUGAACAAGUAGACCAUUAUUUACCUGAAGCUAUUAAAGCAACCAUCCCAGAUAUGAACUGAAAAAUAAAAUUCAAUGGGAAAGAAAGUUUAUAUAGACACAGAUUUAGCUGGGUUUUUUUUUUUCCUGGAAUUAAUGAGUUUGAAUCCUGUUUUGGUCAUGUAUGACACCGGUGCUGGUUAGCCCAGAAAGUGGACAAGAAUGAUUCAAAAAAGUUUCAGACACCGUUCACCUUUGUGCUAGUUUAAAUUGAUUUAGAUUAAAUUGUAAAUGCUUUUUUUUUAAUACACUUGUAGAAGAUAAGCGGGGAAAACAAGUAUUCAAGGACAUCAUUCUCUUCAAGGAUCAGUUUUUGUAUAUUUUAACAAGAACACAAAAAAACAAAUCUUAUUUCCCCAAUUUCCGCUCUGCAGAAAAUAAUUGUCAUAGAUAGCACGUAAUAUUGGAAUUCAAAAUUAAACAUGGCUUCCUGUGACGCAAAUGCCUGCAAGAGAUUACAAAGAUUUGGAUUUUUGCUAAAAUUUUAAGUAAUUUAAUUACAUAAAAUAUAUCGCAUCUCUGUGCAAAAUUGCUGAUUAUUUUGAUAAGUACUGAGAAAUCAAAUGGAUUUUUUUUAUGAUAAAAUUUUUGAUAUAUAUAGGAUUGGAAUUUGUUUGCCUGGUAGCGUAUUCACACCAUACUGGUAAAGCCAGGUUUUGAGACAUAUAGCACUUUUUGUAAACAACAAAAUCUCUCUGUCAGUACCGUAUUUUACGAAUAUGGACAUUAAGCAAAUGUGGUGAAAUUAAAUCCCCCACAAAUUUUGUUUGAUUUUACAGCGUCCUUUUAGAUUCAUUUAAGCUCUAUUUUUAGGACAACUUGAAGCUACUAAUGGACCAUCCUUCCAGGAAAAAAAGCUUAAUUGGUGUUUUUCCAAAGAGACAAACCUUUAAAAACAUCUUAGAUUGUGUAUUACAGUACAUACUUAGUUACAUCCUUGAUUAAAGUUGAUGUUUCUUUGAAAAGACACAAGUUUGAAGUAUUUUUGUUUUUGUACUAUAGUACCUGUUUACUGUAAACAGCAUGGAGACGGAUAUUUCAGAAGUUAAUAGUUUGAAAAUCAAUUGUUAAUCGUUUCAACGAUGAAUGAAUAAAUACUUAGAAGUGGAAUUCCACAAAUUGACACCAAUUUAUUGUAAAUCAAGUACAUGAUUUGUAGACAUAGCAUGUUAUAACAUGUGUUGAAAAAUAAAUUCAUAUAGAUAUAUAUAAUAUAGUGUUAUACCAGAUCAGGUUUCUUAGUAUUAACACAGAGAAAAAGUUGCACAAGGCCAACCUAAUGAAGUGUCUAGAAAUUGUCAUUUGUUUUUUCCAGUUGAUAAGAAUUAUUUUUUCAUUCAAUUUUGUCUUAAAAGAGGAGUUGUAUACUGUUAUGUUGACUUUGAGAUUUCCCAAUUUUGGGGUCAAUCUUGGUUAAGUAUUUUCUUUGAUACAUUUAAGAUAGAUAACAGUUUUGUUGUGGAGGUACAUGUGUAGGCUAUACACACUUGCCCCACACUGCUCGGGGGUUUGAAAACUUACUUGGGCCCUACAAUACUUUAAUAUAAGGAAGCCAUCCAGCUAGCUUACAGAAGGUCACUGGUUCUUCACAGAUGCCUGCCUGUGUCAAGAGGGGCACCUGGGGUCGUAUUCAACUAUGAAAAGCAGUGAAGUCCUAAACUGACCUAAACUUUUGUUAGUGAGACUUAAAGCCCAGUAAAAUAAUUAAACAAAUGUAAGCCUAAUGGCUAUAAUAUACAGUGCACCUGCAUGUUUGCUCUGGGGAUGUAAAUUUGUCAAGAAUAUUUUGUCUUUUGAGAAAGUAAUACUAUGUAGAUGUAUAUUUGGCAGAGGUUUGCAGCAACAGUGCACUAGGGUAUAUCUUGAUUUGGGACAGUUGACGAGAGAACUCGUCACAGUUUCAUUGGCAUGUCUGACUGGGUUAAUAUUGGCUUAGGAUUGAGCGAAAUAACCCUAGACUGGUUAGUGUGCUCAUAAAGUUUGAACUAAUCAUUCAUACUUGUUACAAACUAAAUUACUUCAUGUGUUAUUUAGGUUUGAUAAAUUGAUUUUCUACAGACAUAUGCAUGUUUUAACUUGCUUCUGCACUUGGUGAUUCUUUUGUUUGUUGGUUAGUUGCACCUGAAAAUGAGUGAUGCUUUUACGUAACAUCCUGAUAAAAAGGAGCAUAAUUGAAGUCUACUUACCCAAAAUAUUGCGUGGUUACAGUUCAUGUAGGACAAAAAGAUUAACCAGUUACAAAAUGCACUGACAAUUACAUACUUGAGCCGCGCCAUGAGAAAACCAACAUAGUGGCUUUGCGACCAGCAUGGAUCCAGACCAGCCUGCGCAUCCGCGCAGUCUGGUCAGGUUCCAUGCUGUUCGCUAACAGUUUCUCUAAUUCCAAUAGACUUUGAAAGCGAACAGCAUGGAUCCUGGCCAGACUGCGCGGAUGCGCAGGCUGGUCUGGAUCCAUGCUGGUCGCAAAGCCACUAUGUUGGUUUUCUCAUGGCACGGCUCCCUUAAUCUCGAUAUAGAUUGCCAAGCUGAUAUUUUAUGUACUGCUCAAUUCAUUUUGUGUUCUUUUAUCCUUGAUAUUUUUGCUUAUAGAAAUGAUGUACAUUUAAAUUCUGUGGGUAAUGAUAUGCUGUUAACUGUACAGUUGAACUUGUAUAUAAAGACCAUAUAUUGGGAUAUUGGGAAAAAACAGCCUUUAAUCACAGGUGAAAAUACUGUCAACCUGUAUAAAGCAGCCAGUCAAGAGAGCAACAUGAUCUGACUGUUUAAGCUUAGGCAGGUGACUUCUUAAGACAUUGAAAUCAGAACAAAAAAAAUUCAUUUGGGAAGUCUUAAUACAGGUGGCCAUAAAGGCGGGCUCAGCUGUAUACUGCAGAUUUAACGAAUGAAAGUAAUUAAGAACCCAGAUGGUAUCUGUUCAAAGGAGGUCUUUGAUACAGGUUUGACUGUAGUUGGGGGAUUAAAUUUGUGUCUAAAGAGGUCUUUACUUUGUAAACUGAGAUUAUUAUUUCUUUCACCUUAUAUAUGGUUAUUAAACAUACAUAAAAUGUUGCGAAACAAUUCACCUUUGUGAAAAAUACUUUAUUAUAAUAUUAGGUUAUAGAUUUUCUGCACACAUGUUACUGAUUUCAUGUCUGAUUACGAGGACAAAGGGUUCAUUUGUAUUCAAGGCAUUAAAUGUUUAAUGAUCAUAGGGCUUAUUCACAUGCGCUAAUAAACUUACACACAAGUGUUGCAUUGCACAGCAAAUACAGUGAAAAAUUUCAUGAUCAGAGGUGAAUUACCUUUUUAAUGUAUCAUGCAGUUAAAGAUAGUGUAAAGUUACAUUAUGAAAAGAAAAAACAAAAUUUUGGCCAGACAACCCAUGUUUUGAGCUACGAAGCUAUCAAAUUUUUUGUCCUUUGGUACAUUAACCGAAUUUCAUAUAGGGAAGAAGAUUUGCCAUGUUUUAUCCUAGUGAACAUGUAAAUCAGGUUUAUUUAAGUCUUGUUGUGUAGUAAGUACGUGAGGACAUUCAAGAAGUUAAUGUCACGGGAGAGCACUUAAAUUUACAUAUCUGUCGAGCCGUGACACAAGGUCGUGACAUAUUUUUAUGUAGUACAUUUACACUCAUGUGGAUGACUUAAGAAGAUAAUAAGGACAAACUAAACAUUGUAUAAAUCUAAAUUUAGAGUGCAGUAUAAAAUUACAUAAACAGACUGCGAUACGUAUCGUGUAUUAUAUCUUACGAGGGCAAUGAAGAUUUUAUUUCUCUGAGCGCAAAAAAAGGUUAUAAUGUCAGUGUUUUGUGCAAUUUGAAUGCCUGAAAAAUUUAUCUUAGUCCUGAAAUUGUAAAAAUGUCCUUCACAAAACCUUUUUUGUGUCAUUGCGAAGUACUCACAGCCAAGUUUAUGUUGUUUGUUUUUAGAACUUUAAAAGGCUUUUUCAUUUGUUAGUGAUUUAACAUGUGAACCAUUGAAUACAUAGGCAAUAUUUUUUCAUGAAGCACAUGACUUGUGUAAUUGGUAAAAUCUAUAUUGUUUAAUUGUUGCAGUAAGCAUUAGAUGCGAAAUAGAAGAGCUGAGACGUAAAAAAUAUUCAUGUUAAGGUUGACAUAAACAUUUUGAAUAUGUUCAUGUGAUGAAAAUUUGAUAUAAAAUGUAUAACUAUUGACAUGGAGAAAAAGACAAUAGGUCUUACUUCAAGGUUUAUGUCAAUACUUUUUUUAAAAUGUUUAAAACUGUGAAAACAAAUUGUAUGUUAGUUUUUGUGAAAAACAAGGAGUUGAAGGGGUCCAGAUAUUUUAAGGCAAUUUUUGUUGUGUUGAAGAAUAAAAACCAACAUGACCUGUAUAAAAUAGAGUUGUAUGGAAUACAAACCAGGAUUUGGGCUGUACAGGAAGAGAUCAGUUUUACUUGUUUUCAGUCAUGCUUUCGAAUUCUCUUCACAGUUUGAGAGUUGUGAUAACUUUAUUUUAAUCUUGAGGCAUUCCCUUUUAAAGCAACUCGCCCUACUUGUAUCUUGAGGCAGUCACCUUAAAACCAACUCCAAAUUUCAGACAUCUUUACUAUGAUCUUUGGGGCAAUCCCCUUUAAAGCAACUACAAGAUUCUGGCUGACAGUCAUUGUUGUUGUAAGCAUAAUAAAGAUUGAUAUGGGUGUGCUGAGCAUUAUUUUAAUGAUAUUUAUUGAAACUCCAAUCCCACUCUGUCAGUUUGACCAAAGUAGACAACCUCCCCACCUCCUCACCUAUCCCCCAUUUAAAAAACCUUAAAAACAUAUAUAUAUAUAUAUAUAUAUAACCCAUACUUCAAACAUUGGUACUAUAUUCAUAGAGUAUGUUUACCUUGUUGUAACUUUGCCUUACUUAUUGAUCAGUCUCACAACAUCUGUCACAGUUUUCACUCCAGGGACUUAGCAGAAUGAUAUAUGUGUUAAUUGAUAAAUCAUGUUGUGUUGACUCACGUUAGUUGACCAACUUCUUUUUUCUCAAAAAGAGUAUGUGUUUUUUAUAUGCCUAAAAGUGCACAGGCAGUCCAUAUGCUAGCAAGUUUGUUUCGAGCUCAGUAACUUUAGAAUGCUUUGUCCUAAGAUCAUCAAACUUGGUAGGCACAUUGCCCUUGAGCAUUGCAUUACUGCGAUAGAUUUGGUGAUCAGGGGGUUAAAAGGAACUGUAAGUACUUUGUAUCUGAAUAAAGACUGCCUCCUUUUUAGACCACUUUUUAAAGGGGGAUACUUCAAGACAAAAUUUUCAAAACAUCUGCAUCAUACUUGUUUCAGUUUGAUAUUUUUAUAAGAUAAUGUUGUACAGUACAGUGAAAUUUUCUAUUCUGCUGGACUUUUCUACUGACUUAUGUAAUUGGGAGUUUUUGGGGUUUUUUUUUUCAACAGAUUUGUAUACUAUGCUAUUGUUUUUUGCUUUUACUGAUAUUUCUUUGACCGCAACAAAUUCCCUGUUUUUUUAGCUCACCUGAGCAAUGCUGAGUUAUUGUGAUCGCUCGAUGUCUGUCGUCUGUCAACAUUUAGCCCGUGUAUGCGAUAGAGGCUGUAUUUUUCAACUGAUCUUCAUGAAAUUUUGUCAGAAUGAUUACCUUGGUGGAAUCUAGGACAAAUUUGAAAAUGGGUCAUCUGGGGUCACAAACUAGGUCACUAGGUCAAAUCAAAGAAAAACCUUGUGUAUGCGAAAGAGGCUGUAUUUUUCAAAUGAGCUUCAUGAAUUUUUGUCAGAAUGAUAACCUUGAUGAAAUCAAGGAUAAAUUUGAAAAUGGGUUAUCCGGAGUCAAAAACUAGGUCAAAUCAAAGAAAAACCUUGUGUAUGUGAUAGAGGCUGUAUUUUUCAACUGAUCUUCAUGAAAUUUUGUCAGAAUGAUAACCUUGAUGAAAUCUAGGCCAAGUUUGAAAAUGGGUUAUCUGGGGUCAAAAACUAGGUCACUAGGUAAAAUAAAAUAAAAACCUUGUGUAUGUGAUAGAGGCUAUAUUUUUCGAUUGAUCUUCAUGAUUUUUGGUUAGAAUGAUUGCCUUGAUAAAAUCUAGGACAAGUUAGAAUAUGGGUCAUCUGGGGUCAAAAACUAGGUCACUAGGUCAAAUCAAAGAAAAACCUUGUGGAUGCAAUAGGGGCUGCAUUUUACACCAGAUCUUCAUGAAAUUUCAUCAGAAUGUUUGUCUGGAUGAUAUCUAGGUCAAGUUUGAAUAUAGGUCAUCUAGGGUCAAAGACUAGGUCAAUCAGUCAAAUUAAAGAAAAACCUUGUGUAUGCAAUAGGGGCUGAUUUUACACUGGAUAUUCAUAAAAUUUAGUCAAAAUGAUUGCCUUGAUGCAAUCUAGGUCAAGUUACAAUAUGGGUCAUCUGUGGUCAAAAACUAGGUCAUUAGGUCAAAUCAAAGAAAAACCUUGUGUAUGCUAUAGAGACUGUAUUUUUCAACUGAUCUUCAUGAAAUUUGGUCAGAAUGAUAGCCUUGAUAAAAUUAAGGUCAAGAAUGAAUAUGGGUCAUCCGGGGUCAAAAACUAGGUCGCUAGGACAAAUCAAAGAAAAACGUUUUGUAUGUGAUAGAGGCUGUAUUUUUCAAUUGAGGUUCAUGGAAUUUGGUCAGAAUGAUUGCCUUGAUCAAAUCUAGGUCAUGUUUGAAUGUAGGUCAUCUUGGCUCAAAAACUAGGUCACUAGGUCAAAUUGAAGAAAAUACUUGUUUAUACUUAAGAGACCAUAUUUUUGGUCCAAUCUUAAUGAAAAUUGGUCAGAAUAUUUGUUUCCAUGAAAUCACUAGGUCAAACAUGUUUACACUGUUAUGGUGUGUUUCACAGGUGAGCGACCUAGGGCCAUAUUGGCCCUCUUGUUUAUAUUUUUAUUUGCAAUAUAUGACAAAAGUACUUUUCAUUUUGAAAUAUGUCAGAGUGAAAUCACUAGGUCAAACAUGUUUACACUGUUAUGGUGUGUUUCACAGGUGAGCGACCUAGGGCCAUAUUGGCCCUCUUGUUUAUAUUUUUAUUUGCAAUAUAUGACAAAAGUACUUUCCAUUUUGAAAUAUGUCAGAGUGAUAGGGGAAGUAAUUUUAGUUGACUUGUUAAACAAGUGUUGGUAGAGUUACAUUUCCUGUUAAUACAAGAAUGUAGAGGGGUUUUGGGGGUGGGGGUUGUUGCUAUUUUUGGGGGGGUUUUUUUUCAAACUUACUCAUAGUUUGGCAUUAGUUGCUGCGCCACAUGGGCAUUUUAUAUAAAGCGAAAACAGAGAGGUUGAUGGAUGUAUGCGUUCACUUAAAGUAACAGUAAUUAUUGUCCAGUGAAUAAAUCAAAUGGCAAACUAUAAAUAAUAUUGCAUGUUUUUGAACUGCAAAAUUAGGUUUUACACAUGUUAUAUGAAUGUGUGCAGCUAAAAUUUGUUUUAAUUGCAAUGUUAUGAAAUUGCAUUACCAUACAAGUACGAAAUCACCAACUUUCUUAUGAUAUUAGUUGCUUUAGUGAAAUCCUUGAAAAUGUAAAAUGGCUUUUUUUAAACUUGUCUUAUUUUCAUGUUUCAAGCCUGGCUUAUCUGAAUUUUGCUUUUGUACAAAACUAUUUGAAGUUUAUUCUUUUAAUUGAAAUUUAUAGUUACAAGGUACCGUAUUCAUCAAUAUAUAUUAAAAUUAGCACUUAAAAUUGUUUUACAUGAUUAUAUUAUAAUAUCGAGGGAGGCCUAAUGAAAGAACAAAUCAAUCAUGAAAUUCAGUUUUGUCAUAUAUUUUAUUAGGAAGAUAUUACAAUAUAUCACUGACUCCACCCAGCAGUCCGCACAUGUUUUUGGAUUACAAUGUGCAGAUAACUCUGCAUGUAACCAGGGAAUGGGAAAAAAGUCAGUUAUAUCUUUUGAUCAGAUCACCUCUGUAGAAAGUGCUCAUGUAUAUACUAUGUUUUAAACUGGUUGCCAUAAACAGUUGAAACUUGAUAUCUGGAACUUGCUUAUCUCAAAAUUUCGACUAAUUCAAAGACAUUUUCUAGUCCAGUCCAGAAAUCAUAUGCAAAAUUUUUUAUUGUAAGUCGAAUUUCGGUUAUCUUGAAGUAAAACACCUGAUCACGUUGGAACUGGAGAUACCGAGUUUCAACUGUAUAUGACAUUGUAUUCUCUUAUUAACGCUAUUAAAACACGUGCCUCCCAUUUUACAAUUUAUUAGGUUUUUUUUGGGGGGUGGGGGGGGGGGGAUUUCCAGUUUAUUUAGGUCUUAAGUGAAUACCAGCUCUUUGGUAGUGCUAAAAUUUAAAAACAAAUCUUCUUUAUAAGUGACAUUUAUAGUUUAUAUUUAAGCCUUCUGUCGGCAAGUGAAUCUCUGCCUUUGUGACCAGUGCUACUAAUAAUAAAUGGUACUGCCCAAAUUGAAUGAUGAACCAGUCCAUUUUAGAAAUUUAGCAGGGUGAAGGUUAAAGAUGUAAAAAGAGCAACAUCUUUUCUACCUUAAUAAACACCCAAUUGUACAAAAUGUAAUUCUCCCCGGUGGUGUUAGUAAGGGAAUAUAUGGUAAUUGAAAUUUGUGAAGUUGUUUUUGAUUUUGAAUUUGUUAGUUAUUGAAUAUCGUAUAUAUUUUUGGUUACUUAAAUGUUGAAGAUCUUUAAAGUCAGAAAAAGAAAGUGAUCUAUUAUUCACUAUUGUUUUUAUGUUUGAAAAAAAGUAAUCUGCUGCAUUAAUUUUGCACUAUUUUUCUCUUUUUUUGUAAAAAGAGUAGGAAUAUGGUUUCACCAUGUAUCAUAAUUUUCAAAUGUCAUGUUUAAAUGGCACACAAGGCUUUACAGAAUUUUAUUUGCUAAUUUCUGUCAUUUCUAUUACAUAUAGGAAGUAUACAAACCUAUACAAAAUUUUAUUUUGAAAAAUUCUUCAAAUGUGCUUAUCAUAUCUAUUAUAUAUAGAAAAUAGACAAAGCUGUACAAAAUUUUAUUUGCUAAAAUCUUCAAAGAUGUUUAUGAUCUUUAUUAUAUACAGAAAGUACACAAAUCUAUACAAUUCUGGUAUCAUAAAAGGUGUAAGUACUGAUUUUAGAUUUUUACAGACUUGCUAACAUUUAUUACUUUUGAUAUUUGUGAGGCAAAUCUUGGAUUAUACCAUGUUUUGACUUUUGUCAAUAGUCUUUUAUGGCAUGAGAGGCCCAGCAAGGCUAGAUCAGUUUAUGUAACAUGCUGAAAUGUAUAUUGGGACACUUGGGUUUUAACAUGUACUAAAGUUUGUAGAAUAAGAUACGGAGGGUGGGUAAACUUUGAGUUUAAGAAUUUUGUAUUAAAUUAUAAUUCUAUAAGGUGUAAAAGAAGUAAUAUGAAUUUUUUUUCAAAAUUAAUCUGCAGUUUACAACUACUUAUUACAUAUCUUACUAUAAAUAUAGGACAAAAUCUUGUAACCCAGGCCAUAUAACCGGACGCAGGCAUUAUAACUGGAAGCGGGCAUUUUAACCGGUUAUUGGCCAGCCAGGGAUGAGUUACGUCAUUUUUUAUGUCAUUUUACCUAGUUUUCAACACCAUAAAAAUUUGUUAACAUCAAUGUUUUAUAUGAUUAACUGAUUUAGGCAAUCAAGUAGAUCUAAUUAUUGUGUUGAGGUAUAUAACAAACAGUUCAUUAUACAGCAGUAAUGUCCUUAUGUGGUUUUUAAAAUUCCUAAACCUGUAUUAGCACUCGGGCUACGUCCUGGUGCAAUACAAGUUUAGUCGUGCUAAUAACCACUUCAGGCGCCAUACAGUUUGCUUAAAUCUGUUAUUUAAGUUUAACAAAAGAGUAGUUUUUUGUUAAAAAAAGGCCGAGUGCAUUACAUAAUUUGCUUAAAUCUAUUAGUAUAUCUGAAGUGUUCAUUUUAAGUGCUGUUAAGUUAGCCACUGUGAAACAUGCUAGCUUGACAGUGAUAUUUUGUAAAUAAGAACUGUGAUCUAUUGUGAUUUUGUUAAAUGUUUGUGUUGAUUUAAACUCCAUGUAAUGGACCAGAAAGGUUGGAAAUACAAAACAAAAAUGA